AACGAGCGUGCCGUGACCUCCCGUCCAGCGGCACAACGUGAGAACAAGAAGACGGUGUUCCAAACGUUGGUGACUGACGACGCAGUUUGGAGCUCGAACCGGAGGCCUGCGGAGUCUGCGGCUCUGGUUGCAGUGACCGUGGGGAGGCCGCUAGGGGCCGCCCUGUCGCUCGGCCUCACUGCGAUGGCUGCGCUGGACAGGGUGAAGGUCCUGGUGCUGGGAGACUCAGGCGUUGGGAAGUCAUCGCUGGUUCAUCUGCUCUGCCAGAACCGAAUUCUCGGGAACCCCUCCUGGACCGUGGGCUGCUCGGUGGACGUGAGGCUGCACGACUACAAGGAGGGCACGCCGGCCGAGAAGACGUUCCACGUGGAGCUCUGGGACGUCGGCGGCUCCGUGGGCAGCGCCAGCAGCAUCAAGAGCGCCCGCUCCAACUUCUACAGCUCCUCCAACGGCAUCAUCCUGGUGCACGAUCUCACCAACAAGAAGUCGCUGCAGAACCUGCACCGCUGGCUCCUGGAGGCGCUCACUCGAGAAUCCACGCCUACCGCUGUCCUCGUCUCCAACGGGGACUGCUUUGACCGCGAGCAGUUUGCCGAGUCCCAGGUGCCGCUUCUCGUUAUCGGCACCAAGCUGGACCAGGUGGCGGAGAGCAAGCGCGCCCAGGUGCUCUCCCGCGUCUCCUUCCUGGCCGAGGACCUCAGCGCCGAGGAGAUCCACCUGGACUGCACCAGCCCUCGCUAUCUGGCCGCUGGCUCCUCCAACGCCGUCAAGCUCAGUCGCUUCUUCGACAAGGUGAUUGAGAAGAGGUAUUUCUGCAAGGAGGGCGUCAGUCAGCUGAGCGCCUUUUCUGAGCGCCGACGUUUCGGGGGCAGUGGCGGCGGCAGCAGCAGCGGCGGCGGCGGCUACGGGCGCUCGCACCACGACUGAGCGGCGGCUCAACGAAACCACGGCGACAAGCAGCAUCUCCGCGGUUACAGACGUCGCCAUGGAUACGAACGUCACCGUGGAUACAGACUUUCUCACCCGCCACGACCAUUGAGCGGCAGCUGCAGGCGGAGCAGAACAACGGCUGCAGGUGUCACCACGGCUGCGGGCUGCGUCUCCACGGACACGGACUGCUUCACCGUAGCGGAACCAUGGCUACAGAUGGCAUCACCAUGGCGACAGUCGGCAUCAACGUGGUCACAGGGCGAGUCGCCAUGGUUACACGCUGCGUCCCAGUGACUGUGCCGCGGCUACCAGUGGCACCGCUGCGGUCACAGACGGCAUCGCCACGGCAACAGCUGCAUCGCCAUCGGAUACGCAUCGCAUCACAAAGACUGGACCGUUCCUGCAGUUGGCAUCACCGUGGUUUACGAAUGGCAGAUAGCCUGUGGCCACAGUCGCCUGUGCUCUGCCGCCCCCCGUCUAUGAUGGGCAGUCGUCGCUAAUUGGCUUUGGUGGUUGGGAUUGGGGGGCUGGCGGGGGUGGGCGGGGGGCUGGGGGCAAGCGUAGCUGUUUGUAAAUUUUCAGAUUUUUGUAAAUGUGGAGGGGAGCCUGUGGUUUUCUUCGUUCCGCGUUUGCAGUGAAACUCUGAGCCGUGAUGGCGGCGAGCGCUGGACCCCUUGUGAGUGACUGGCGUCUGCGUGGCGUGGUCGGGGCGGGGCCUGGUGCUGUCCGCAACUCCUGUGCCUUAAAUCGGCGGGCCAGCUGGGUUGGUUUUAUAGCCAGUGGGGUCGUUGUAGGGCCAGUUGGGUCGUUGUAGGGCCAGUGGGGUCGUUGUAGGGCCAGUGGGGUCGAUGGGCUGGGGGGUCAUCGUAGGGCCAGUGGUGGGUUUGUGGGGUCGUUGUGGGGUCGUUGUAGGGCUAUUGGGGUCGUAGUGCCGGGGGGUCAUCGUAGGGCCAGUUGUGGGGUUGUGGGGUCGUUGUAGGGCUAUUGGGGUCGUAGUGCCAGGGGGUCAUCGUAAUGCCAGUGGUGGGGUUGUGGGGUCGUAUGGCCGGACGAGACAUUCGCCGCGUGCGCACAAACAGGGAGCGGUGAGAGCAACAGCAUCCCACGACGGUGCGAGCGCUCCACCAUCGACACGUGUUUCCAAUCCUGGCCACUUUGAAACGUUGAGCGCGAAAAACACGACGCCCCGAGGGCAACGGUCGACGCCGCCGUCACGCCGCAGCCCACGUUCGUGCUCCACCGCCCGGCUGCGCUCGCUCGCUCGCUCGCCAUUUGGCCUCCGCGUCGUUCACUUUGUGUUCACGUCGCUCUGUCUGCGUGUGUCGCGUGUCGUGCGUCGCGUGUCGUUAACAAUCGAUUAUAAUCCAUCGAUCAAUGCGC